AUGUGUGAAUAUCUAAGGCAGCUAGCAGUCUCGUUUCUGGCAUUACUCAAGCUUGCCAUCACUUUGGAUAGGGCGAACCAACUUCCCAAAGUGCCCGGGGACUGGCUCACAUCCAACUCGCCCUCGCAGGAUUUAAAGAAAUUGCCUUGUAAUACUGCGAUUGCCGUCCAUGGUCACCAACGGAUGCUUUUUGCUUACAUAUAUGACAAUGGUAGGGCUGCGAGCAAUGAGGGUCGUGAAGGGGAGGAGAUCGAUGUGGCCACGAAGGAUAUCAUGAACCGAGGGGUUUUGUUGAUCCUGCCGCUCUUGCUGGUUGAAAGCCUGCGUUGUAGUAUUCCGCUUCCCGCUGUUGGGCAUAGAGAUCGUGGCGGCUGGGUACCUCGCUGA